AUAAGUCUGCCAUUUAGUACAGCAUUUGGUGCUGAUACAGAGGGUUCCCAAUGGAUUGUGGGUUACCUUUUAGAAAAAGUGAUCAGUAACCUGGCAGUGUGGAGUUCAGAGCAGGACCUUGCAAAUGAUACUGUACAACUGCUAGUAACAUUAGUGGAAAGGAGAGAGCGGGCAAACUUAGUUAUUCAGUGUGAAAACUGGUGGAAUUUAGCUAAACAAUUUGCAAGGCGAAGUCCUCCUCUUCACUAUUUGUCCAGCUCUGUUCAAAGAACACUAAUGAAAGCUUUAGUUUUAGGAGGCUUUGCUCAUAUGGACACAGAAACAAAACAACAGUACUGGACAGAGGUUCUUCAGCCACUUCAGCAGCGGUUCUUGAAUGUGAUAAACCAAGAAAACUUUCAGCAGAUCUGUCAAGAGGAGGAAGUGAAGCAGGAAAUCACAGCUACAUUGGAAGCACUCUGUGGCAUUGCUGAGGCUACCCAGAUUGAUAAUGUAGCAAUUCUCUUUAAUUUCCUAAUGGACUUCCUUAAUAAUUGCAUUGGCUUAAUGGAAGUAUACAAAAACACCCCAGAGACUGUUAAUCUCAUAAUAGAAGUCUUUGUUGAAGUUGCACAUAAGCAAAUUUGCUAUCUUGGAGAGGCCAAAGCCAUGAACUUGUAUGAGGCCUGCCUAACUCUACUUCAGGUAUAUUCCAAGAAUAAUCUAGGUCGACAACGGAUAGAUGUUACAGCAGAAGAAGACCAGUACCAGGAUCUCCUUCUUAUCAUGGAGCUUCUAACUAAUCUUCUGUCAAAAGAAUUCAUAGAUUUCAGUGAUACAGAUGAAGUAUUUAGAGGACAUGAGCCUGGGCAAGCCACAAAUAGAUCUGUAUCAGCAGCAGAUGUUGUCUUAUAUGGUGUUAAUCUAGUCCUGCCUCUAAUGUCCCAAGAUCUGUUGAAGUUUCCAUCCCUGUGUAAUCAAUAUUACAAAUUAAUCACUUUCAUCUGUGAGAUAUUCCCUGAGAAAAUUCCACAGCUUCCAGAGGACCUCUUUAAGAGCCUAAUGUACUCACUGGAGUUAGGGAUGUCAUCAAUGAGCUCUGAGGUUUGCCAGCUCUGCCUGGAGGCUGUAACACCAUUAGCAGAGCAGUGUGCAAAAGCACAAGAAACAGAUUCAACCCUCUUUCUAGCAACAAGGCACUUUCUUAAGAUGGUCUUUGAUAUGCUGGUACUUCAGAAGCACAAUACAGAAAUGACAACUGCAGCAGGUGAAGCGUUCUACACAUUAGUGUGUUUGCAUCAGGCUGAAUAUUCAGAGCUAGUUGAAACUUUGCUAUCAACUCAACAAGAUCCAGUAAUUUACCAGCGAUUAGCAGAUGCCUUCAACAAGCUUACUGCAAGCAGCACUCCUCCCACACUGGACCGUAAGCAGAAGAUGGCCUUCUUAAAGAGUUUAGAAGAAUUUAUGGCAAAUGUUGGUGGACUUCUCUGUGUAAAAUAAACAACAAAACUCUAUGCCUACUUUAGACCCUUUCUGCAAAAUGCACUGAGAAAUGCUGAAUGCUGACUAAAUCUUGUACCUGUCUCUGGGUUCUUUGCAGCCAUCUCAGAUUUUAGAGAGCCUGGAAGUUUGAACAUAACACAGUGGAAUAGGAGAGGUCAACUUUGAAUCAGCUUCUGCUAUUAUGUGUUAGCUGCAAUCUGUCAUACUUGUGUGUGAAAAGAAUGGACAGAAAAUCUGACUUUAAAUUCUUUCCAUAUACGUGCAAACAGAUAUGGGCACAAUGAAAAAUAAAUUUGGUGCCUUUUCCCCUUCACUGGUUUAAAAUGAGUAGCUGGAUAAACAUACAGGUUUUUUUUCCUACCCAAAACCAUGUUAGAGUGCGAUGCAGACACAUACAGAGCUCUGAAUAGUUUAGCUGAUUUUAAGCUUUAUUUUUUCCUCUCUGGAGUUUGAGUUUGUGUUCCAAUGG